CCGAGUCGGGCCGUCCUCUGCCGCUCCCGCUCCGGUCCCGCGCUCGCACCCCGCCACCCGCCGCAGCCAUGUCCUCCCGUUCGGUGUCCUCGUCGUCCUACCGCAGGAUGUUCGGCGGCCCCGGCACCGCGAGCCGACCUAGCUCCAGCCGCAGCUACGUGACCACGUCCACGCGCACCUACAGCCUGGGCAGCGCCUUGCGCCCCAGCGCCAGCCGUAGCCUCUACGCCGCGUCCCCGGGCGUCUACACCGCGCGCUCCUCCGCCGCGCGCCUGCGGAGCGCGGGGCCCGGCCCGCGGCUGCUGCACGACGCCGUGGACUUCUCGCUGGCGGACGCCAUCAACACCGAGUUCAGGAACACGCGCACCAACGAGAAGGUGGAGCUGCAGGAGCUCAACGACCGCUUCGCCAACUACAUCGACAAGGUGCGCUUCCUGGAGCAGCAGAACAAGAUCCUGCUGGCCGAGCUCGAGCAGCUCAAGGGCCAGGGCAAGUCGCGCCUGGGGGACCUCUACGAGGAGGAGAUGCGCGAGCUGCGCCGCCAGGUGGACCAGGUCACCAACGACAAGGCGCGCGUCGAGGUGGAGCGCGACAACCUGGCCGAGGACAUCCAGCGGCUGCGGGAGAAGUUGCAGGACGAGAUGCUGCAGAGGGAGGAAGCCGAGACCACCCUGCAGUCCUUCCGACAGGACGUUGACAAUGCGUCUCUGGCGCGUCUUGACCUUGAGCGGAAAGUGGAGUCCUUACAGGAAGAGAUUGUCUUUUUGAAGAAACUGCACGACGAGGAGAUCCAGGAGCUGCAGGCCCAGAUCCAGGACCAGCACGUCCAGAUCGACGUGGACGUCGCCAAGCCGGACCUGACGGCCGCCCUGCGCGAUGUGCGCCAGCAGUACGAGAGCGUGGCCGCCAAGAACCUGCAGGAGGCCGAGGAGUGGUACAAGUCCAAGUUUGCUGACCUGUCCGAGGCUGCCAACCGCAACAACGACGCCCUGCGCCAGGCAAAGCAGGAGUCCAACGAGUACCGGCGGCAGGUGCAGUCCCUCACCUGCGAGGUGGAUGCGCUGAAAGGCACCAACGAGUCUCUGGAGCGCCAGAUGCGUGAGAUGGAAGAGAGCUUCGCGGUGGAAGCUGCGAACUACCAGGACACCAUCGGCCGCCUGCAGGACGAGAUCCAGAACAUGAAGGAGGAGAUGGCGCGUCACCUCCGCGAGUACCAGGACCUGCUGAACGUCAAGAUGGCCCUGGACAUCGAGAUCGCCACCUACAGGAAGCUGCUGGAGGGCGAGGAGAGCAGGAUUUCCCUGCCUCUUCCGAACUUCUCUUCCCUGAACCUGAGGGAAACCAACCUGGAGUCACUCCCUCUGGUGGACACCCACUCCAAGAGGACACUCCUGAUUAAGACGGUGGAAACCAGAGAUGGGCAGGUUAUCAAUGAAACUUCUCAGCAUCACGAUGAUCUUGAGUGAAAAUUGCCCACUCUUGGUGCAGCAAUAUGUUACCAGCAAGAAUAAAAACGAAAUUCAUAUCUUAAAGAAACAGCUUUCAAGUGCCUUUCUGCAGUUUUUCAGGAGCGCAGGAUAGAUUCGGAAUAGGAACGAGCCCUAGUUCUUAGGAACCUACACUCCUAAAAGAUUUAGAAAAAAGUUUACAACAUAAUCUAGUUUACGAAGCAGCCUUGUGCUAGAAUACUUUUUUCAACAGUAUUUUGAAUACUAUUAAAACUGCUUUUUUUCCAGCAACUCUGACCAACUUUUCUGCUUCAAUAAAUCUUUGGAAAAACUCA